AUGAGUUGGGGGUGGCGAAAGAUUUUGUCCAUCCGUCACAUCAUUCGGCCUCACAUAUGGUCUUCUAUUAAGAGUGGGGCUCAAACUAAUGUAUGGAGUGACAUGUGGUGUUCGCUAAGUCCCCUGAGCUCGUUUAUCACGCCAAGGGCAAUUGCUAAAGCUGGCUUUUCUUUACGGUCUACGGUUGCGGAUAUGGUUGAUCAGAAUGGUAAUUGGAGAUGGCCUCAGGCGUGGCUAGAUCUUUUUCCGGUGUUAAUUACAACAUCGGUUCCUUUUCUGGUGCCUAAUGCUAUGGAUAGAUUGGUUUGGAAAAACUUGGAGGGAAAGACAUGUGAUUUUCGCUCAGCAGUUGUUUGGGAUACAAUUCGGAAACGUGAAAAUCAGGUGUUAUGGGCUGAUAUGGUUUGGUAUUCUCAAUGCAUUCCGCGACAUUCAUUUCACUUAUGGUUGGCAUUUAGAAACAAACUAAAAACGCAGGAUAGAUUGGCAGUGUGGGAAGCGGGUAGUCACACCAAAUGGAACCUGAUGUGUUGUCCGUUGUGUAAUUUUGAUCGCGAUAGUCGGGACCAUUUAUUUUUCAGGUGUGCCUUUGCGGCUCAAGUCUGGAACGAGGUGAAAAAAUUGGUUAGUUUGGGCAAUGUUGACGAUUCGUGGUACUCGGUUGUAUCUUGGGUGGAGCAACAUGCUAAAUCCAAGAAUGUGGAUCACAUUGUGUGCAAGUUAUUGAUAGCGGCUUCUUCUUAUUAUAUAUGGCAAGAGAGAAACAACAGGCUUUUCAAGAAUAUCAAGAGGACGGUAGAUCAAGUGGCUGAGGUGAUUAAGAAUACGGUUCGUCUGCGGCUCAUGGGCUUCAGAUUUCGGGUGGCGUCUACGAAGGAGAGAAUACUCAAGACUUGGAAGAUCGAAGAUAUAGAUACGGAUCCGGGCUAG